AUCAUCUUUGCUGAAGCGUCUCACAGCGGAGAAAAGCCAUGGCAGCUGCGAACCGUGUCCUUGUUUACGGAGGGAAAGGAGCUCUUGGCUCGGCGUGUGUGCAUUAUUUUAAAUCCAAAGGCUGGUGGGUUGCCAGUAUUGACAUCGGAGCCAAUGAAGAGGCGAACGCAAACGUCCUGGUGAAGCUCUCCGAGUCAUUCACCGAUCAAGCCGCUCAGGUGACAUCGGAUGUAUCCAAACUGCUGGGAGAACACAAGGUUGAAGCCAUUGUUUGUGUGGCUGGAGGAUGGGCUGGAGGAAACUGCAGCUCGAAAGACUUGUAUAAGAACUCUGAUAUGAUGUGGAAACAGAGUGUCUGGACCUCCACCAUCUCCAGUCAUCUUGCAUCCCUCCAUCUGAAGCCAGGAGGUCUGCUGACCCUCGCUGGAGCAAAGGCUUCACUGGACGCCACUCCAGGUAUGGUUGGUUAUGGCAUGGCCAAGGCUGCAGUCCAUCAGCUGUGCAAGAGUCUGGCUGGAGAGAACAGCGGUCUUCCUUCUGGAGCUGUAGCUGUGGCCAUUCUUCCGGUUACCUUGGAUACACCAAUGAACAGGAAAUUCAUGCCUGACGCAGAUUUCGGCAGCUGGACACCACUGGAGUACAUCGCAGAAACCUUCCACAGCUGGGCCACUGGGUCAGGCCGUCCAGCCUCAGGCAGCCUCAUACAGCUGGAGACCACUGGGGGGAAAACCGAGGCCACGGCGGUCCAGUAAAGGAGGAACAGAGGGGAAAAAAGAAAAAUAUGAAGAGUGGAGGAGAGCAAUGUUUACCAAUAUACUGUGCAGCAGAGGAGAGUGAAAUAAUGUGGCAUUUCUAUUCAGUCUCAUUGGAAACACAUUGUACAGUAUCUCUGAAUGACCAAAGUAUUAACUAACUUAAAGGGUUAGUUCACCCAAAAAAUUUAACUGACCAUUUAUUCUCCCUCAUGUUUUUUUUUUAAGCAUUAUGAGUUUCUUUCUUGUGUUGAGCACAAAAUAAGAUAUUACUGGUUGAGAAAACUUACUAUGGAGGUGAAUUGGUGCCAACUAUACCAGAAUGUUGUGUUCAACAGAAGAAAGAAACUCAAAUAAGGCUUGAACAAGUGGAUUUUCACUUUUGGGUUAACUGUUCCAUUUAAUAUUGAAGUAAUAGAUAUCUAAUGUCAGCCCAUUUGAAAAAGCAAAUCGUUUCAAACUUUUUUCCUCAGAAAAUAACAAUUGAUCUUAAUAGCAAACAAUUUCAUUUGAAAAUCAGGAUUAUUCCACCAAAUACUGCCUUCUUAACUCAUUAGAAAUUGAAAUUGGUGUUGUGUUGUUGAAAAAAUUAUAUAAUCACACUAAAACAAGGUUUUUUUUUGUCCUUUUAUGCACAAAAAAAUGCUCUUAAGUUCAUUUUUAUUUUAAAUUUGAGUUUCUUCUGUUGGACCUCAAAUAGGUUUUGAAGUGUAGUAAAUUAUGCCAGAAUAAACAUUUUAAAAUAAACAA